GCCCGCGCCUUCCAUUCGCGCGGGAAAGCCCGUCACUUCCGUUUCCGGUCAGGCCGGGGGCUGGCUGAGGUGCCCCGUUUCUCCGAGCGAAGGAGGCCCCGCGGGGCCCGCCGCCCAGCUGCCCCGCCAGGAUGUCGUACAUGCUCCCGCACCUGCACAAUGGCUGGCAGGUGGACCAGGCCAUCCUCUCGGAAGAGGACCGAGUCGUGGUGAUCCGUUUCGGGCACGACUGGGACCCGACCUGCAUGAAGAUGGACGAGGUGUUGUACAGCAUUGCUGAGAAGGUAAAAAACUUUGCUGUCAUUUAUCUUGUGGAUAUCACUGAAGUACCAGACUUCAACAAGAUGUAUGAGUUGUACGAUCCCUGUACUGUCAUGUUUUUCUUCAGGAACAAACACAUCAUGAUUGAUUUAGGUACGGGUAAUAACAACAAGAUCAACUGGGCAAUGGAAGAUAAGCAAGAGAUGAUUGACAUUAUAGAAACUGUUUACAGAGGCGCCCGCAAAGGCCGAGGUUUGGUGGUAUCGCCGAAGGAUUAUUCCACUAAAUACAGAUACUGACGCUGCUUUGGGGCUGCCUGUUUUUUAACCCUGCAUCCACUUCAGUUUAUUCGUGUGUAUGCCUGUACACAUAUAUAUUAAACAAAAAAAACACACCUACAAAUCCUUCAACUUUGAGCACAUUUUGAAUUCUUUAAAAGGAUUGGAAAAGUAGAAGACACGAAGCCUGGAGCUGUCUGGCUGCAGUAAUACUGGAGCUGCAUUUUGGGUUCUUUUAUAAAUGUUUAUUUUUUUAAAGACUUGGUCCUUUGUUAUUUUGUGGUUUUGUACACAAAAAGCCUGUUGGCAGGAAAAAAACAUUUCAGCUGGUUUGGUUUUGUGCAAAUAGGAAAGUUUUGUCACAAGAGGAUCUGGCUAUGCUGAGAACGUUUAAGUGAAGAAGGAAACAGAAACACAGUGAAAAUGUUAAUGUUAUUUAAAGAAAUUAAAUACAUUUUCAUAUAUUGGGAAAAGUUUCUGACUGGGUAAGUUCCUGAGGGCAUUUUCUAGGCGAAAGAGAGGUUUUGCCUUCCCUGAAACUAAAAGGAAACAGUGUUGCACUUGGAUGAAAAAACCCAGCUUUCUAGCAAUAGCUUGAAAAAGAAACAGAUUCUAAAGUGAUGUGAUGCCAGCACAUUUGUUUCACUGACACUUUCCAUGACUAGUGACACUGUGCACUCCCAGCUUCCAUGUGGUGCUCUUCUCCUUUUGUCUGUCUUGCCCACAUCCUCAGUUCAGUGCUGCAAACAAACAGUUGGUAAGUAGGUUAGGAGUUUAAUUAUUCAUCACUGUGACUCAGCAUAAAAACAGGAAGGCCUCUGUACACUUAAGUGCCUCCUCAUGGAUUGCCUCUGUAUUUCUGGAGAUUAUUUCAUAGUUUAUGGAAAAGGCAGCAGAACAGAUGCCUAAAUGACAUCAGUCUAUUUACAGACAUGCCUGUCUUGCCUGGGCAAGCAGUCUCUAAAGGACAAGAGUCAUUGAUGUGUGCGUUUGAAUGGGGAAAGCAUGAAACGGCAGGAGAAAGACACUGCUUGCUCCUCCCCAAAACACAGAAGCAAUGCUGUCUCCUGAAUGCUGAACACUGCAGCCUUGGAGGCCAACAGCAUCCUGGCUUGGAUCAGCACUGCUGUGGCAGCAGGAGCAGCGCCCUGGUGAGGCUGCAGCUCAAGUGCUGUGUUCAGUGUCAGGCUCCUCACUGCCAGAGGGACACCGAGGGUCUGGAGCGUGGCCAGAGCUGGGCAGUGCAGCUUGGGGAGGGGGAGAACUGCCUCAGGUUGCACUAGAGGAGGUUUAGAUUGGAGAUUGGAAACAAUUUUUUCCCCAAAAAAGCUGGCCCAGGCUGCCCAGGUGCUGGGGAAAUGGUUGGACUCUGUGAGUUUAAAGGGCUUUUCCAACCUCAGUGAUUCUGUGAUUGAUACCAAUGUGAAUCCUCCCCCAGCUCAGCAUACUGGGACGGGAAUGGUGUGCAGCACUGCCUUAAUCCACGUUUGAUCAGAAAUGUACAGCCUCAGUUGAGGUCCUUGGGGUUGGUUUGUGCUCCCACUUGUAUGUGAUACUCAGCUGGAACAGAUGGUUUUGGUUGGAAAAAGCGGGAGUGUUCUCUGGCUCUUGGCAAAGGGAAACCCCAGGUAACUCUAAAUCCAUCUCAGUAUACUUAAAAGUCUAAGUCAAUGCAGGUAUGAUAAAUUUGUAAGUAAUCUUUUCAUGCCAGGUUCUGCCUGUGUUCUGAACUAAGUGGAAAGAUAUAAAGUACAGUAAAACUGAAGUUCCUUUACUCUGAGCUCUUCAUCAGUGUUGUCUAUCCCAGCCUCUGUCAUCAAGUCAGCGACAUGCUUCUCAAGGUCAUCGAUGCGCUCACCCAUUUCUUCCAGUAAGAAGUUAAAGAUAACUUACUGAUAAAUAUGAAUGCUGGAAUAUUACAGGCUUGGGAUUUUUUUCUAUGAGAAAAGCAAAACAAAGCAUGCACAGUGUUGUAUUAUUAUGAGACAAUCCCAAUUUCUUUUGCAACAGACAAGCAUUCAGGUUGUAAAUAAUCCGAAGUGACUUGCCCUUGUGCCUGUGAGUGGAGGAUUUUCUUUGUAAAGAAACAAUUUGUGUUUCAGGUGAUACCAGUCAAUGCAUGCAAUCAGGAUAGGAGUGCUGCUGAAACACUGUCUUACGCUAAAGCAGCCGCCUCCUGAACGGUUGAGUUACAGAGGAAAAAAAUGGAAAACUUAAUAAAUGCACACUUUCAGAGGUAGUUUCUCUAAGUACAGCUAAUGAGAAAGGUCAGAGCCCCUUCAGGUCUUCUGUUUUGGAGGGAAGUUGUUUUUAAACCAAUGCCACGUGGGGAUAUGCUGAUUUAAGUGGCGUUUUUGGAGAUGAUUGCUUUUUUUUUUAAUGUACCUUCAGCAUCUCUACGCCUAAUUUGCUGCUUAUUUUACUUGGAAGCAAGACGUGCUGCACAGAGCCUGCUCCUUGGCACUACUUUUUGUAAAGCUUUGAGGAUUUCCUGGAAAAAUAAACGGGCGUGGAGAGGGCAGCUCUGCAGUCUUUCCAUCAGCGUUUAGCCAUGUCAA